AUGAGUUUGACAAAAUGCUGUAUUUUAGUUUUGUGUUUUGCGGGCGUCUUACCCCAGUCUAUUAAAACUUCCAAUCGCGGUCAAAAUGAGACACAACCCUUCGUAGAGAUCGGUAGUAAAUAUUACCUAAUAUAUACUGCUGUUACGAUGAUUUGGUUCUGUGCGAUGCUUUAUUGUCGCAACUAUGAUAGUGAUUUGGCUGUAAUUGAAUCGGAAGCUGAAAUGGAUGCACUGAAUUCCUAUUUAACCACGAAUGGUCACAUUGGUAAACAGUUUUGGUUGGGUAUAACCGAUUUGGCCGAGGAGGGUAAAUUUAUGUCAAUUAAAGGCGGACGCCCAAUGCCUUAUGCUAAAUGGUCAGGCGGUCAACCAGAUAAUAAGGGUCUACUUGAGGAUUGUGUACAUCUUUGGCCAGUUAAUAAUAUUUUCCAUAUGAAUGAUAACAAUUGCAGGGCUAAGCUUUAUGCCAUCUGUGAGCUACGACAACCGAAGAAGAGUUGUGAUAUAUGUGAUUUGAAAAUUAUUAUUGAAAGAUUCAUGCAACAUACAAAUGUUUCACACAGUCAAAAUUAG